AUGACAAAAUUAUCUUCAUUUAAUUCUACUAAUAUAAAAUUUAAUAAUAUGAGAUAUGUUUAUGGUCAAUGUCCAUUAACUCAUCUUGGUAUAUAUGGUUUGACUGCUAAACAUAAAUUACGUUUAUGUUCAUUAAAGAGAAAAACAUAUGAUAUUUGUUUAUUAAAACAUUUUAAUCGUUAUCAUCAUUUAACUUGGUCAUUAUCAUCAAUAUUAACAAAAGCUAUAAUUAAUAAAUUAGAUCCUUUAACAACAUGUAUUUUUCAAUCUGAAUUAAAUAUUAUUGAUCAACGUUAUCGUCGUAUUCGAUGUCCAUUAAAUAGAAUUACAUCUUCUAAUUGUAGAAAAUUAAUUUUUAUAGGUUCAUUAAAAAAACAUUUAUUAAAAAUUCAUCAUAUUAAAUUACAAACAUGUAAUAAAAUUAUGAAAAAAAUAAAAAAUAAAAAUGGUUUAAUGAAAAUUGAUUUUGUUGAAGAUGAUUUUAAAAGUCAAUAG